AUGAGGCUCUGUACGUGGCCACUACAGGCUCUCGGUGUCCUUCCCGGCCUUUCCUGGCUUCAGGCCAAGGCUGUGGCGCUGAGAGCCCGCACGGCCUCCCCCUCCCCACUCCCUUCCGCCCCCGGGCCUCCGAGCUGGGCUGGCGGCUGGCUGGGCGGGGCGCGGAGCAGCGCCCGGCCACACCCCCCGGGCCGGCUUUUUCUAGGGCUGCUGCGGGCCACUGGGCGCUGGCUGCUCCCGCUCGCCUCUCGCCCUGCGCUCAGCUCCAGCCCUGCUCCGGCUCUGCUCCGCCACGCCUUCGAGCUCCCGCACCGCGACCUCAGGCUCUUGGCUUUCGGCCCCUCCGUCGCCCGAAGUCCCGCACCACCGCAACCUCGCGCCCUCCGAAGUCCAGGUCGACGCAGCGGAGCGGCUUCGCAGGAAAAUCCCAGAAACCUUUGCAAAAAGCUUACAAUGAAAUUUAAGAAGUUCUGCGAUUUCGGCGCCAUUUUCGAGUGGAGUGAGAGCAUGAAACUGGACGUUGGAAAAGUUUGGCUUGAAGGUGCAGAGGACGUGUACAUCAAGUGUUUUGGGUGUGGGGGAGCAUGGCAUCUGCAACAUUAAAAGACCAGACGUUCUCCUGUGAAGAGAGGAAGGGACUCUUAAAUCAUUUGGCCAAAUACAUCGCAGUUCUGAAGGGGUGGAGCUAUGGCAACUCCACAGUAUUGAUUCUUUGUCUAGUGUAUCAGCGAAUGACCCUCUCCAGAAGUGACCAGACCCCUCUUUGUGCCCUCCUUUCGUAAGUAAAGGGAGACCAUCCGAUGUUUUCUUUUCUCCAUUAUUCCGAGUCUAUGUGAAA